UAUCAACAAAAAAUACUUUAUACUAAUUUCAAAUAUUUAAAUUUUUUAUCAUUCUAUCAUGACUUCACUUAAAAUCAUCCCUGCCACCACUAUGGAAGAAUGUUUUGAAUAUCGUCAUAAAAAAUUCGAUCAAAGUAGUCAACGUGUUCGUUCGAAUUCUUUAAGUUCUUCUCAAGGAGACUAUGAGUCCAUCAAAGUGGAGAUUGAACUACUUAAUGAUAAUACCAGCACAACUUCAUCAACAUCUUCGAACAACAUUAACUAUUUAGCAAAAGAAUCGAGCCUAAAAAGAACUCAUAUUGCUCUCAAUAGUGAAGAACAUAACUACGCUAGUAGUUUUCUACCCGAAGCUAAAAGAUCACGUGCCACAUCAUUUGGCAGCAGCAGCACAUACUCACAAGUAUUCUCACCUUUAGCGAUCACACGUCAAACUUCAACACCUUUCAUUAAGGCAGCCAACAUAAGUAAUGCACCCAAUUACAACUCUGUAGUUAUACCCGUAGCCAUCAGACCCCGUUCAUCAUCAUUUGGCAGUACCAGCAGCACUUACUCACAAGCCUAUUCACCUAAAGCCUCCACUAGCAGACGUCAUACAACAACCCCUCUAACUACCACUGCAUCCUCAGCUAUCCCACCUCCAGUUGCAAUUUUACCCAAAAUUAGCGAUGAUACCUUACGCAGCAUUUGUAAAUAUCAUGGUAAUAUGGUAAGGAAAUUCCCCAAAAAAGAACGUUCUGCCAAGGAUCAAGAGAGACGUGAUAAAAAUACCAUUGCCUGUCGCAUGAGUCGACGUGUUAAGAAAUUGGAACAUAUUGCCAUUGAGGAACAAUAUAAGGAAUUUUCUCAACAAACUUUUGACAUCAUUGAGCAGUCGAUGAGAGCCACGGCCUAUUUGCAUGAGUUAAUGCAAUUAACUUCAAAUCAUCAGUUGAAGGAAGUGGAACCUUUAACUAAUAAAAUGUUAAAUAGGUCACCAGAAAAGAAACCCUUUACUAUACCCUUUUUGGUGGGCAAUGAACAAUAAGAAUGGAAGAUGGUUGUAAUAUUGCUUUGAAAUACUUAAAGUGUUAAUCACUGUGUGAUUGUUUAAGAAAUUUAUUAACAUUAAUUUUGUAAAUAAUCAUUUAAUUUUUAAUAUUUAAGUAACUAAUUCUAAGAAAAUUAAUGAGAUAAUUAUAAAAA